UACACAAAAGUUAUCCUGCGCACCCCCUUGAGAAAACGCUGACCAGCUGUUGAGAAACGUUUCUGUCAAUUGACUGUUAACGCCCAGCCACGUGGUUUCUCUCGUCUUCUCGUCAAAAUAAAAUUGAAAAGAACAAUUAAUACCAGAAAGAAAGGAUAAAUAAAAAGAGAGAGAGAGAGAAAAGAGAGAGAGAGAGAGAGAUCGUUGAUCGAUUUAAUUGAUUGGUUCAAAAAUCAAAACAAUAGAAUCGAAUGGAAUGAUUGUAGAGUGAGUGGAUUCAACAAUGAAAGGCGUCUUCUUGGCGCCCGGAGAUUACAUCCACUUCAAGUCCCAAGUCCCUCUUCACAAGAUCCCUAUUGGCACAAAGCAGUGGCGAUAUUAUGAUUUUGGUCCCAAAGUGGUUCCUCCACUUAUAUGCCUUCCUGGAACUGCUGGGACAGCAGAUGUCUACUACAAACAGAUCAUGUCCUUGUCCAUGAAGGGUUAUCGGGUGAUUUCUGUUGAUAUUCCCCGUGUUUGGAAUCAUCAAGAAUGGAUUCAAAGUUUUGAAAAGUUCUUGGACGCCAUCGAUGUUCACCAUAUACAUUUAUAUGGUACAUCUCUUGGAGGCUUCCUAGCUCAACUUUUUGCUCAACAUCGUCCAAGACGGGUUAAAUCCUUAAUUCUAUCAAAUACUUUUUUGGAGACACACAGUUUUGCAGCAGCAAUGCCUUGGGCACCUAUUGUGGGAUGGACUCCGUCUUUUUUGUUGAAACGAUACGUCUUAACAGGAAUUCGGGAUGGCCCUCAUGAACCUUUUAUUGCAGAUUCUGUGGACUUUGUUGUUUCACAGGUUGAAACACUCUCAAGAGAUGACUUGGCAUCCAGGUUGACUUUGACAGUUGAUAGGGCUUCAGUUGAACCACUUCUACUUUCUGAUUCAUUUAUUACUAUAAUGGAUACAAAUGACUACUCUGCAAUUCCUCAACAACUCAAAGAUCAGCUGGGUGAGAGGUACCCAGGUGCACGGCAAGCUUAUCUGAAAACAGGAGGUGAUUUCCCAUUUCUUUCCCGCCCAGAUGAAGUUAACUUACAUCUUCAGCUGCACCUGAGACGAGUUGGAGUAGAAGCUCAGCCAGAUUUGGUUCGGAGGAUCCCAAAAGAUGGCACUGGUGGGAGCCCUAGCAAAGAGAAUGAUGAAAAGAAGGAUCGUGAUGACCAACCAAAAGAUAGCGAGGGCAAUCCUGAAAAUACUUCUGAAGAAAGCGGGUCACCUCCAGCUCCGGAAAGUUCCGAAUCUCGUGGUCUAGAUGAUCAGCUACUCAGCAAUGCAGAAGCUUGUUCCAUAGAUCAGGCAGAUUCAAUUGUUUUGCCGCAUUCUGCAUUGUUGAAGAAUCAACACACUGUAGCCACUAGAAUCCUUCUUCGAUCGACUUGGGAGUUCUUUAUUUUCUCUUUGCUUCCCUUUUGCGUGGAGUCAUUAUACAUCACUUCUAAUAAUGUUUGGAAAUACAGACAACUGGUGUAAAAUAGGACAUAAAUUAGCAGUUUCUUCUUAUUGUUGUUGUUCAUACAAGCAAUUGUUGCAGACAAACCUGCGUUUUCCAUUGACAAUGUUGUACUUUGUACCUGUUCAAUUAUUUCAAAGUUCUUAUUAUUACUGAAUUCAAGUCAAAUCUUUUUCACCUGGGACUUUGUAAAUCCUGCAGGAUUUGAAAAGCACGUGCUUUGAAAUGGAUAAGGUCA